AGAAAGAUCUAAUUGAACAUGAGAGUAUAACAGGUGUAUUGUACUCAGGAGCAACAACGUCUAUUUUCUUAUAAAGUUCAGGAUGAAGUUCAAAAAAAGUUUGCUGGGAGCUAGGUCUCCUGUAGUCGGAAGAAAAAUGGAGGACGAAAACAAUCUAAUAUGUUCUCCUACAGAGAGUGAGUGUAGUAAUGGACCCCUAUACAAUGACCAGGAUGCACAGGGACCCAGGAUUGGUGGCGAAUUCGAGGGAAAUAAUGGAAAUACGGAGGAUUUUUUGCCCAAACCUAAACAUGGUCCAUUAAACCAGGUUGUUGCAAGCUUAAGAGGACAGGAUGCUAAAACAGGACGCAGUUAUGGUCCUCUGGGUUCAUGUCCUAAUCUUACCCAGACUAGCGGUCCUCUCCUUAACAGGCCGUGCAUCAUUGAGGACAGGUAAAACUAGGACAAAAAAAUCUUA